AUGGCUGUUACAGACAGGACCAUGGCUGUCACAGACAGGACCACGACUGUCACAGACAGGACCACGACUGUCACUGGCAGGACCAUGACUGUCACAGGCAAGACCACGACUGUCACAGACAGCACCAUGACUGCCACAGACAGGACCAUGACUGUCACAGACAGGACCACGACUGUCACAGACAGGACCAUGACUGUCACAGACAGGACCACGACUGUCACAGACAGGACCACGACUGUCACAGACAGGACCAUGACUGUCACAGACAGGACCAUGACUGUCACAGACAGGACCAUGACUGCCACAGGCAGGACCAUGACUGUCACAGGCAGGAUCAUGACUGUCACAGACAGGACCAUGACUGUAACAGAGGCGCCGCUAAACACUCCCCCAGCUUCUCAACAGAAGCUCGCCGCCAGCCCCUCAACAGAAGCUCGCCGCCAGCCCCUCAACAGAAGCUCGCCGCCAGCCCCUCAACAGAAGCUCGCCGCCAGCCCCUCAACAGAAGCUCGCCGCCAGCCGCUCAACAGAAGCUCGCCGCCAGCCGCUCAACAGAAGCUCGCCGCCAGCCCCUCAACAGAAGCUCGCCAGACCAGCCCCUCAACAGAGAAGCUCGCCGCCAGCCCCUCAACAGAAGCUCGCCGCCAGCCCCUCAACAGAAGCUCGACCAGCCCCUCAACAGAGGCUCGCCAGCCCCUCAACAGAAGCUCGCCGCCAGCCCCUCAACAGAAGCUCGCCGCCAGCCCCUCAACAGAAGCUCGCCGCCAGCCCCUCAACAGAAGCUCGCCGCCAGCCCCUCAACAGAAGCUCGCCGCCAGCCCCUCAACAGAAGCUCGCCGCCAGCCCCUCAACAGAAGCUCGCCGCCAGCCCCUCAACAGAAGCUCGCCGCCAGCCCCUCAACAGAAGCUCGCCGCCAGCCCCUCAACAGAAGCUCGCCGCCAGCCCCUCAACAGAAGCUCGCCGCCAGCCCCUCAACAGAAGCUCGCCGCCAGCCCCUCAACAGAAGCUCGCCGCCAGCCCCUCAACAGAAGCUCGCCGCCAGCCCCUCAACAGAAGCUCGCCGCCAGCCCCUCAACAGAAGCUCGCCGCCAGCCCCCUCAACAGAAGCUCGCCGCCAGCCCCUCAACAGAAGCUCGCCGCCAGCCCCUCAACAGAAGCUCGCCGCCAGCCCCUCAACAGAAGCUCGCCGCCAGCCCCUCAACAGAAGCUCGCCGCCAGCCCCUCAACAGAAGCUCGCCGCCAGCCCCUCAACAGAAGCUCGCCGCCAGCCCCUCAACAGAAGCUCGCCGCCAGCCCCUCAACAGAACCUGGCCGCCACUCCCAAGCAGGGCAAGACGUAUUGGCAAAUUUCCUUGCACCUCUGGUUCCCCCAGCACUGA